CAUGCAUGUUCUUUGUGAAGAUUCUUGGCCCUGUAGUCGGUCUACUCGUCGGUAGCAAACUCAACGAAAUCUACUACACUUUUGAUCAGUUCUUUUCAACUGUUCGGUUACUAUUCCGCAAUCCGAUCUACGUUGGUGCGAUGCUCGGUCGAAUCGUUGACGUCCUGGCCUUCAAAGGGUUCUUCGUGUUUCUUGGAAAAUACUUGGAAAUCCAAUUCGGCGUGCCGCAGUAUCGGAUUCAAAAAUACCUCGCUGGCACUGGCGUUGUUGGAUUCGCUUGUGGUGUAAUUACAGGAAGUGUGGCAAUGAGGAAGUUCCAUUUACAAGAGGACAAUCUUGUUCCCGCCCAGUCGAGUCUGGAGUUUUUGAAUUGUGCUAUUUACUUUAACAAUUAUGACCGUACCACGGGUACAUCCCACGGUC